GAAUCCCGGCCGCCCGCCGCGGCUCCGAGGGGGAGGAUGCUCCGGGGGCCGGCCCGCCCCACAGCCGCAGCCGCAGCGCGCCGGGCCGGCGGCACCGAGCCCGGCGAACCGCACUGAGGGGCCCGGGGCAUGCGCUGCCCACGCCGGCCGCAGCGGGAGGCGCCGGCGGCGGCGGGGCCAGAUAAAUGGCUCAUUUAAAUUGGGAGCUACUAAAAUACUCUCUGGCUGGCAAAUGCAGUGCCUAGCAGCAGUCAUCAAGGACGAACCAAACAUGAGCGGAGGAGGGGAGCAGGUCGACAUUCUUCCGGCCAAUUAUGUGGUCAAAGAUCGCUGGAAAGUGUUGAAGAAGAUUGGUGGUGGUGGCUUUGGGGAGAUCUAUGAGGCGAUGGAUCUGCUGACCCGUGAGAAUGUGGCCUUGAAAGUGGAAUCAGCCCAGCAGCCCAAGCAAGUUCUCAAGAUGGAAGUGGCUGUCCUGAAAAAGCUGCAAGGGAAGGAUCAUGUUUGCAGAUUUAUUGGCUGUGGAAGGAAUGAAAAAUUUAAUUAUGUUGUCAUGCAGCUUCAGGGCCGAAAUCUUGCAGAUCUCAGAAGGAGUCAGCCUCGAGGGACUUUCACGCUGAGCACAACGCUGCGAUUAGGCAAACAAAUUCUGGAAUCAAUAGAAGCCAUUCACUCUGUGGGAUUCCUUCAUCGUGACAUCAAGCCUUCCAAUUUUGCCAUGGGCCGCUUACCUUCAACAUACAGGAAGUGCUACAUGUUAGACUUUGGUCUGGCCCGUCAGUAUACCAACACUACUGGUGAAGUCCGGCCACCUCGCAAUGUUGCUGGUUUUCGAGGAACGGUCCGCUACGCUUCGGUGAAUGCACACAAAAACCGAGAGAUGGGUAGACAUGAUGAUCUGUGGUCCCUCUUUUACAUGUUGGUGGAGUUUGCGGUUGGUCAGCUUCCAUGGCGAAAGAUCAAAGAUAAGGAGCAGGUUGGCAUGAUAAAAGAAAAGUAUGAACACCGAAUGCUGCUAAAACACAUGCCUUCAGAGUUCCACCUUUUUCUGGAUCAUAUUGCAAGCCUAGAUUACUUCACCAAGCCAGACUAUCAGCUAAUCAUGUCCGUUUUCGAGAACAGCAUGAAAGAAAGAGGCAUCACUGAAAAUGAAGCCUUUGACUGGGAGAAGGCUGGUACAGAUAUCUUGUUGUCCACUAGCACCUCUACUCCACCACAGCAAAACACCAGGCAAACAGCAGCCAUGUUUGGGGUGGUUAACGUCACUCCGGUACCUGGGGACUUGCUUCGUGAGAACACUGAGGAUGUCCUACAGGGUGAACACCUGAGUGAUCAAGAGAACGCUCCUCCCAUCCUGUCAGGCCGGCCAGCGGAAGGUCUUGGUCAGGCUCCAAACACGCCUUUCAAUGAGGCUGAAGUUUGGGAAGAGACAGAUGUGAAUCGCAACAAACUCAGGAUCAGCAUCAGCAAAACUCAGUGCAUGGUGGAAGAGGAGCAGAGAAAUGGUGUCUGCCCCAGUUCCCCUGUCCGAGUGCCUCCGGAGUCCCCUACCGCACAAGUGCGCUCCCUAAGAUACCGCCGUGUGAACAGCCCUGAGUCAGAACGCCUCUCCACUGCUGAUGGCAAAGCAGAUCUACAUGAAAGAAGAUCUCGAAUGGAUUUACCUGGCUCUCCAUCACGGCUUGUAUGCUCCUCCCAGCCAGCCCAGAUGCUGUCCAUAGAUACUGGCCAGGCUGACCGGCAGGCAAGUGGUAGGAUGGAUGUGUCUGCUUCGGUGGAACAUGAAGCCCUCAGCAAUGCAUUCCGCUCAGUGCCACUCGCAGAGGAGGAGGACUUUGAUAGCAAGGAGUGGGUUAUCAUUGAUAAGGAGACAGAGCUGAAGGACUUUCACCCAGGUGCUGAGCCAAGCACCUCUGGAACCACGGAUGAGGAGCCUGAGGAGCUAAGACCUAUUGAAGAUGGUGAGGAGAGAAGGCGCUUGGGGGCAGAUGCCGCAGUCAGGCCGAAGACGCAUGACGGGCGAAGUCGGGGUAUGCAGCCUGUGACUGAGGAGGACAGUUCCCACAGACAUGAAGGACCUUCUCAAACAGUAUCUGACAGUAAACAUGAACAGCAGACAGGAAGCCCAGCCCACUCCCCCCUACAUUCAGCACCAGCCAUCCGACAAAGGAGACGAGAAUCUGAACCUACUGGUCCUCAGAGACAGGCGUAUAUGCUGAAGUCAUUUGAAAUGAAUGGUCUGCCCAAGGCGGUGCCUUUAAGUUUGCCUUAUCAAGACUUCAGAAAAGAUGUGUCAGACUACUGGGAAAAGCCUAAGGUAUCCCAGCGGAUAAAGAAAGUUGAUUUCUCAAAUGUUGUCUUGACUGCUCCUUGCAAACCUCUGGAACCUUAUCUGGAAAUGAAUGGAAAAGAGGAGGAGGAAGAAGAGGAGGAAGAAGAAGAGGAGGAAGAAGAUGAAGAGGAGGAGGCAGAGGAGGAAGGAGAUGAGAUUGACAUGCACAGCGGUUCCAGCAGCGACUUGAGUCAAAAAAGCACAGAGCGCAGCCAGGAGUGCGCACCAUCCACGCUGCUGGCUGAUGACCAGAAGGGAUCCAAAGGUCGAGCGUCCACGGCUGACGGGGACCUGGAGCUGGAGGAAGGCUCAAAAACACUAGUGCUGUUUUCACCAGGUGAUCUGAAAAAGUCUCCGGUGACCACAGACUUGGCUCCAGAAGUUGAUCUGGGCACUCUUGCUGCACUGACACCUCAGAGUGAGCGGCCACAGCCUAUGGGUAGCCAACUGGAUGUAUCCGAGCCAGGAACCCUCUCCUCAGUCCUUAAAUCUGAACCAAAGCCUCCCGUGGCAGUGGCUACAGCUUCCUCCCCCUUUACCAAAGUUGAGCGCACAUUUGUUCAUAUUGCUGAAAAGACCCACUUAAAUGUCAUGUCUUCCAGUGGCCAGCUGAUGAGGCAUGAGGAAUACUGCCCUCCGGGCCAGUUUGAGGAGGUCAUUAUCGAAGAAGAGCUGGAGGACAACCUGGUGCUGGUAGAGAAUGGAAGCAUACAUUCGGGGCUAGAAGGGGCAGAGACAGAGAGCUGCGCGCUUUCAGCUAAUCCCAUUGAAACCACCUCAGAGGCGGUGGGAGAGCAGCUGGCACUUCCCAAUGGCGUAGCAAAGCCUCCCGAGGACAAGCCGGAGCUCUCUGACAAAGUGGCGCUCUCGCUGGAUUUGGAAGAGCCCAGCAAGAUGGUUACAAGGGAGCCUGACCUUGAUAAGUCAGCAUCGGUGGCAGAACACCUUAAGCGAGCAGAGCCCCUCCUCGACACACCGCAGCAGGGCCCCAGAAGACCUCUGGGCUCCAGGUAUAGAAGUCGGAUACCCAUUUUGUUCUCUGAGGAGGACACCGGCUCAGACCUUUCAACUUCACUCUCGGCCAAAGAGAGGCUUUAUAAGAGGGCAAAGCAACCUGACUUGGCUCGCCUAGUGAUGGAGAAGAGGCAAAACCGCCUCCUUCGGCUGGCCUCAGGGGCCUCUUCCUCAGCGUCCUCCAGCGAUGAGAGGCGGCGGGCCUCAGAAACCUUGUCAACCACUGGUUCUGAGGAGGACACCCAUGACUCUGAUGACUCCGUCCCGAGGAAGGCGGGGAAGGAGAAGCCUGCCCUCCUGGGGAAAGAAGAGAGACCCAUAAGCACAAAGAGCAGAAUUCCUCGGCCCAUCACGCCAGUGAAAACACCGCUAGAGGUGGCAAAGUCUGAGAGCUCCACGGCCGUCGGAAUGGCAGUGCUGUGUAGCUCCCCGCAGGAUGUGGCUGUUGCCUACAGGCUUCAGGCACAGAGACCAGCUGGAAGUGUCCCAAACGAGUGCCGAAUAACGCAGAUACAAAGUCGGGUUCCUCCUUCACCGAGCUCUAGUUCUCUUCCUCCACGGAGCAGCUCACGGAGAUCCAGCUGUGUAUCCCCUCGGAGCCCUGUCCUUCCUUCAAGAAACCCCAGUGCUUCCCCCAGAAGCCAGCUGCCGCCUCGGAGGGAAAGUCCUUCUCCCGGCCGACAGCAUAAGCCAGGGACUGCUCUUCAGCGAGUUCCUCCUUCCCCCCGACCUCAGCCCCCAGCUCAGGCCCUGGGGCCAACAGGAGAUUCCCUGCCCUCUCCUGGUGUGGCCAAAAAACGACAAAGAGGAAAAACCCAGACUCAGAGUCCAGCAACCAAAGGAAAGCAGGUGUCCCUGGAAAGUAAGGCAGCUGCCAGAUAAUGAUCUUCUUCUGCCAGCCCAACAGACUGGGUAACUUCUGCAUAUAGUAUACACUUGAGAUGCUGCAGCACAGCCUUCCACGCUGGACCCAUGAGUGUAUAGCAGUAGCUGUACUUCAAUGCUUCACUCACUCUCACCCCACACCGUCGCGAUCAGCUCCCACGGGCCUGAGAGCCUCUGAGCCACGGAGCCUUCUUCAAGGGAGACAUCCAGCCCGCAGCUCACGCUUGCUAACGCACAGCACCAAGCAGCGACCCAGGCAGCCCGCCUAGUGCCUGACCCUCCUCCCUCCCCAGGCAUUCCCCUCUCUCUGUUAGCAAUACCAGUCGCCAACACUGACCCUGGCUUUGGAAAGAGGAGCAGAGGUGACGAGAGCAAGGCCUGCUGGAGAGGAAGGCUCCUGUCCUGCAGGCAGCUCCCUCCUCUCUCCAUGCUGGGAAAAUGCCAGCCUUGGCCACCGCCAUCUACCUGAGUGUUGGCUUGCCUCCUGUCACCUGUGUUAGCAAGGGAUUGUCACCAGCUUAGCCAAGAGGGAUGGAUGUGUCCUUGUGAGCUGAGAUAAGAGCAGGGGCAGGGUGGAGGGGGCUCUUCUCUCCUUUCCAGAGAUGCCUCUGCAAGUGGGAGUGGGAGACAGGCAGGUCUCGCUGGAUGCUCCUACCUGCUCCAGGAUGUCCCACAGAGGAGGCCGUCUGGCGCUGCUGCUCGGCGACACUGCUGAUGUCUCAGCAGAUGCCUGUGUGGUGGGUAUUUAGAUGGAAGUAAUUGCGUAUUGGCAGCUUGCUGGGAAGUCAAGAGCGCUUGCUAAUUGAUGUAGAAGGGAGCACACUGCAGCCACUUCUGUCUCAAAUACCAAACUGUGAUCUGUGGAGACCACAUCUCCCAACAUGGGUGGUUCCUCUCAGCCUGAGUGUGGCUGGUGCCACAGACCUAUAGUCCACCAAACACAGCUGAAGAUGUGAAUAGUCACUGGAUGCCUUUAGCUUGGGUGCCCCUUGCACCUAAAUUCCUUGUGCUUUAUUGUCACGCUCUUGGUGUUUGUGAAUUUUGGCACUGUGGUUGAAAGUUCCCCUACACGGCAGGGUGGGAAAUUAUUAUCCUGUAGUAUACUCAAAAGCUGCUGCUUUGCGAGGAGAGGUUUGCUGGCACGCCAUGGGUUCCUCGUGCAUUUCUAUCCAAGAGCAUAGUGGGUUGAGUUGCAGAAGUUGAGUUUAUGUCUUUCUCUUUCUUGGUGCUCAGCUCUUCCACACGUUGCGUGAGAACUACCAAUGUGAACGUAAAACCAAGGGCUGUGCUCUAGCAGUAAUAUUACCAGAGCAGAAGCUUAGCGCUCAGCUAGAACUAAAUCAACCAACUUUUUAGCCCCCAGACUAAUUAGGAAGGUUUAAAAAUUAAAGCCAGGAAGACUGAUACCUGUCUGAGCUUGAUGAGAUCUUGAAGCAGUCACAAAAUUUUCCCCGCACCUCACAGGGGGAAACACUCCAGACCCAAAUACUUCGGGCUUCACACCAUUGUCAUGCCCAAAAGAAGUUUUGCAUGAGGCAGAACAAAAAUGCGGCUGCUUUGUACACUCAUUCCCACAGCUGCAACUAGCUCCAAAUAUUUACUAUUUGCAGACAACAAAGUUUGAUAGAGGGAUCUGGAGAGUGAUGACCUUGAUUCAUCUGAACAUAGGUACAAACAGUCACACUGAUGGCCGUCGAGUCCGAGGGAUCCUGAAGUUGUUCACAUCUACAGGAACCGUUCUGGAAAAGAGCAUGAGAGCUGUGACAGGGUGGCUGGGAGAAAAGGGUACUCCUUAGACAUAGAAUCAUGGAAUGGUUCGGGUUGGAAGGGACCCUGAAGAUCACCUAGUUCCAACCCCCUGCCCUGGGCAGGGACACCUCCCACUAGACCAGGCUGCUCAAAGGCCCAGCCAGCCUGGCCUUGAACACCUCCAGGGAUGGGGCAGCCACAGCUUCUCUGGGCAGCCUGUUCCAGUGCCUCAUCUGAACAGGGAAAUGUAUAGAAAUAGGUGACAGGAAUUACUUCUUUAUAUGACAGUCUCAGUGUUGCCAAUGCUAAGAAUUUAUUUCAUCUAGCUCAAAGUGUUUGCUGGUUUUCAUUGAUGUUGUUCCCUCUGGUAGAGUAAGAAGCACCCUUUCUAGUCUAAAAACACGCCCUUCUCUUUGCAGAGAAGCAAUGGGAACUCCAAGGUCAGGUUGCGGUUUGAUGGACUGACCUGAUGUUGCCACCAAAAGCAGUGGUCCCACCAGGUUCCAGCUGCUUCGUUGCACUGUCCCACCCCCUUACACCGGGGCAACUAUUUGGUGAAGUGGCUGGAAAUGCUGAUCCAGCAUGACACCAAGAGCUCUGGUUUGCUGUUUUGGUUUUCAUCUGGUUCGGUUCCUCAGUCUGAUUCAGCAUUUGGUCACACAGCAGAAGUGGGGGAAGGAGAUGACAGAGAGUAUCUUCUGGUCUUCUGGUGGCACUGUAACUUCAUGUGAGUUUGACGUGUGGGUCAAGCUACAACCUAAACAUGCCCUACAUGUUUAGAAACCAGAAAACAGAGUAAACCCAAACACGGAUUAUUUCCAGAAAUAUAAACCAUAAUGGCACUCCUGUUAAUUUGUUGGGGGGGAUAUUCAUUUUAGAGUGCUCAGACGGUAAGACUUUGUUAUGAAGUCAUUACCAGAUGCUCCAUCCAGGUCUUAGAUACACGUGCUGAAAACGACAUGAAAAGAACUUGGAAAGAGGGCUACAGGACUAUUAACAGGGUGGCAAACCUGCCUUAUCAUGGGAGGCCAAUAAAGCACAAUUGACGUAUUUGUUCAAGAGAAAGUUUAAAGGAGCGUUUUCCAUGCCCCAGCUAUACCCAUGUCAGGAAGGAAGCUCCAGAGCAGAGAUCUUCCGUCUGGCACAUGAAAGCAGGGAAGAUGGAGUAGCUGAGAGUGGCAGCUGAAGAAACAGGGCAGGCUUUUAGUUGUGAAGCAAUUGUCCAGUGAAAUCUUUCACAAGAGUGUGGGGACUUUUUUCUUAUUAAAAGGUUCUCUGAGAAACCUAGCUGUCUUCUAAGAGGUUUUCCUACCAUGACCCAACCACAGGUAGCAGGCAGGAUGCUGGUGACACCAAGGUAUCAUCUCUCUUUGUCGUGCAGUAGAUUCCUGGUCCUGCCGGGCCCAUGUCAAAGCUGUCGCAUGUUGGAGAGCCACCAGACAAGUCCCGCAGCUUUCGGAAAGCCAGUGAAAGAUUUCCAGCACAGAAAAUAACAGCCGUUCCCAGUGUUGUCAGACAGGGCUGGGCUGAGGGCGCAGCUGGGCCCACAGAGCUCUGGGGCUGGCGUGAGUCGUCUCCUUGCGGUUGUGCUUCCAGCCUCCCCGCCCCGGCACAGCCCUGCUUCCCGGCUCUCUCUGGCACGGAGGACAACAGCACAGCGCUCCCCCGGUCAUUUGGGAUGAGAGAGGGCUGUGCCAUCAGGUGCGAUGGCAGUGAAAGGGGGCUGACUGCAGCAAUGCUUUCUCCCCAGAGAGCCUGCGCAGGACCUGCCGGGCGCUGUCACUGAGGGGUUUCAAAGGGUCGUUCCUGCGAGGCCUGACUGUCCCCGCGUAUCCCACAGGUUUGGGUCUCUGGACCUGCUCCCCUUCCUGGUGGCAAGAGGUGCUGUGAUCCUGGCUGGAUGUCACAUCACCUUCUUCAUUCCUUCACUGAAGUUAUUUUUACAGGAGCUUUGGCGCUGGCCUUUUCCAGUUAGGUGGCUGUCAAGAAUUUGCUAACAAAAGGUGGUCCACAGACCCGCGUUUUGCUGGCAGAGGUGGUCACAGGGCACUGCCUGCCCUGUAAGCCCCCUGUUAGCAGCCCGCGUGCUGCAGGUGGUGAUGGCUUGAUCCCUCUUUCAGGUGUCAACAGAGGGACACGAGAAAGCCGUGGGUGCUGCUCCAGAUCUCCUCCCUGGCUCUGAUUUUCAAGGUUCUGCCCUUCCAUUGCUUGAUGGUGGGUGUGACCCCAGGGUACGCCCGUUACUGGGGUGCUCAGCACACCCUGGUCGCAGGAGUUCCCAUUCCUCUUAUGUGUCUGUCUGGAGGGAUCCUCUGGCAGGCAGGUGGACCAGUAGUGAUGCUCUCUGCUAGUGUCACUGUGAAAACAGCCCUGCACAAGUGUCAACGACUCCUCUUUUUCCUCUUAUCUUCUCCUCUUCCUCUACACUGCAUGGAGGCCAGAAGGGCACCUGCCAUAGUUGGAGCAAACACAGGAGAUCAUGUCUGGGGGAAGGUGGGAACGAGGUCUGUGAUGUUAGGGAGAAGUUAGGUGGUUGAGGGAUGCCAGACGAUCCAGUCUGACGUCGCAGGACAUGGUGGAGUGUCACAUCCCAGAAAGGCAGGAGGGGCAAGACCCUGCUGUUCUCUGCCAUGAUACGUGGUGUGCAAGCUCUGUCAAGCCUCAGGGACACACAGGGCUGCUCAAACGCUGCUGUUGAUGUAUGGCUGCAUCCUUGCGUCACUGCAAAGGAGAGAAGAUCGAGCUGACCAGAGCAGAGGAAUCACAGAAUCACAGAAUGAUAGGGGUGGGAAGGGACCUCUGGAGAUCAUCUAGUCCAACCCCCAUGCCAGAGCAGGUGGGGACAGGGGAGGAGAAGCAGGCUUCUCAGCACUUUUCCAUGUUUGCGGGAAUUUCUGGGAACAGCCUGACACUACGUGGUUCCCCAUGGGUAUGUGUGCUGCAGGGUCUGUCCUGGCCAGCUGCAGAUGGUUGUGCCCGUGUGUGUUUUGAGGAGAUUCCUGGGACAGGCUGCCACCGUGCCUGCGUCGGUGUGUGCAUGUGAUGGGUGGUAGGAACGGACAGGAGUUGUUCAGGGGAGCACUGUGGGGUCCUGUGUGUGUUGGGAGCAUAAGUGUCUUUAGGACCGCCUGGUAUCGUGAGUCACAGCAAACGCUCUGAUGAGAGUCUUCACUUUGCUCGGGUCUGCAAAGGUCCCACCUGCUUUCUUAUCUGCCAGCUGAGAAGAUGGCACACUGGCUGGUAAAAAUGAGUCAAUGGCUGCUCUCUGUCCAGGAAAUGUUUGCAAAGAAACAGCGAUACGGGGAGGUGGGGGGGGGAGGGGGGGGCGUGCCAAGUUGGCGAAUCUGAAAGCUCUUAGUGGUAAGCCAGUGUGAUGACAGGUUCUAUGAGCAGAGGAAGCAAAAGGACCGAUGGCACCAGUCAGACUAACGCCGUGGAGCGGCUUGAACACGUGGAUGGAGCUGCUUAACUUGAUUCAUCUGGUUGGCAGCACAAACGCUUCUGCUUGUCUUGGUGCAAAAGGUGUGUGGGUAGCAGACACCUCUGAGACAGUGUGCUUGGAGUCUGUGAGAGGCAGGAGACUUUGCUUGCCCUUUCUAAGUAAAGAAUAUUAUAAUAUAUAUAUUAUUAUAAUGAUAUAAUAUAAGUAGUGCCCAUUAUAUAUAGUGGCUAAAGGUUGAAAAGGAUCCUGCUACCUUCAAAGAAGCGCCCUGAUGCUACGUGACUUCUGAUGUGUGCAGGACUGACCGCUGUGUGCAGUAGAUGUUGGAUGGAGGAACAGGGUACCACAUGUGAGCUGUGAGGCUCCGCUUGCCAGAGCGUGAACCAGGGGCGAAACCCCCCCCCCAGCUUGGAUGGUGGGCAGCCAUCGAUGCUUGCCAUCAGAGUUGUAAUAACUGGUGGACUGCCACCCGUCUUUGCGUGGCGUGGAUCAUGGUUUGGAGAGUCCCUGCUCACAUGGCUGCCCUUGACUAACACGAGCGUGGUUUGCUAGUGAAACACUUCAAUCCAAAGCAAGUUCUGUUGGAGCAAGAAAAUCUUUGAUGUUUCUCCUUUCCAACACAGAGGUAUUUUCUCAGUGUAGAUCCUCUGUAAGAAGGUGGCUAAGUACCUGUUGAUAGCCUGAUCAGCUCCAGUAGCAGCUCGAUGGUCCCUUAGCACACUUCUUUCUUUACUCUGUAUAGUUUACUCAUCCAUGGCAUGAUCCCACCACUAUUCCACGUGCACAGACACUGAUGGCCACCUAAGGCCUUGCAAUCAACUAUAUGAAUCAGCUGCCGUUAAAUUAAUCUUGUGAACACAGUAAAAGUCCUGUUGUGGACAUAACGGGUUUGGUUUCAAAUGAGUUUCUUCUGGCUUAACCGAAAUGUGCCCGUGCUCCAGCGUCGCUAGGCUGGUUUCACAAAGCACGUGGGACCACUUGGGAGUUUGCGACCACCGUUGAUUCCAUCUGUUUGACAGCUACUCUGACAGCUGCACAGCUGCAUGCGAGGGAGAGAGCUCGGGCUCCUGUUCGGGCCCUUCCCUCUUGUGGUGCGUGCCUGUACCACUGGGUGGGUGCCCAUGGGCUCUCGAGGUCCCCUGCAGAACCAUGAAUGGUUGUUUUGGUCUUCCUCAGCCUGUUGCUGUGCCCCGAGGGGCUGGGACCAUGCUGAUGGUAACAGCAGAGACAGCUGAUGUUAAGACAGGUUGGCAGCAUCUCGGUGAGCGUUGGGGUUGGUAUCUUUGUGAGACCAGAGAAUAGCCCUGGUUGCAGGCUGUGGUGAGCCGUGGUCCCGGGCACAGCCAGGAUCCCAUGAAAUGACAGUGAUUUGCACGCCAUAACUCUGCUGUCCCCUCGUUCCUAAUUUACCUCCUCUAGCAAAUCUUGUCUUCAAAGUCACCGUGUACUCCCUGCAGCUCAGUCCAUCUUUAGCCGGGGGCUUGGAGCCCUCCUGGAUUUCUGCAAAGCUUGAGGCAGGCUUGGCCACCAACCUAUGCAGCAGGCUGGUUGCUCCGGGUUGUAGGGGGGAACACUAUCCCUUCUAUUUCUGGAGCUGCAAAUGCCUGGAAAGCAGGUUUGAAGUGGGCGUUGAUGCCCUCUGUGCUAAAAGGAGGAAGAGAGGUCCCACACCAAACCCAGAGGUGGGUUCCAGGUAGGGCCCAAGGUGAGAACUCCUUCUGCUCUUAGCUCCUAAACCAGAGUGGGCUGCAGGGGUGAGAUCUCUGCUGGGCUGGUAUUAGCAUGGGGCUUGCCAGUAGCUGCUCUGCCCCUGGCUUGCCUCAUAUUGCCCCUGCCCUGAGCCCGAGGGGGUCUGACGCGGGGUCGCUGGAGGAGGCACAGGCUGACGUUUACUCAGCACAUGGGUAAAUGGCUGCCGGGGUGCGGGGCAGGGGCUCCUGGACCAUCGCCUGCAGAUGGUGUGACGAGCUCUGCAGGACGCCGGGGUUUAGGCAAGGAGUCCAGGCAGAACACUGCGUGUGAAAACCAGUGUCAGCGACACGGCUGUGCCAUGGGCUGCUUCUUCUCCGGACAGGAAUUGGAGCUGGAAACACAGAUAAUUUUGUAUAUCUCCUUUUAACACGAUAGCAUGUGACUCUACACUCAGAUAUUGUAUCUGGCGCACCGACGUCGUUUUCCUUCGCCUCUGGCACAGUCUGACAAAGUCUUUUGGUCUGGAGACAGGACUUCUGCUCCUUGGUACUGCCUGCCUGGAAAUGCGACUGGGUCCCAAGGCUAAAUCUCUCUACAUAUCUUCUUUGCAUUCUUUAGGAAAGCAGCUGGAGAAUGUUUACACACUGCAAACAGAAUGUACGACUCCGACCGAGGAACCACAAUCCGGUUCAACUGCAUGGCAAAUUUCUUGGCCAUAAAAUCUGGCAUGCAUCACAGAGGCCCUGUCUGUGUACAGAUCCACCUGGCAUUUGUCAUUACUUCAGAACACGUCUUAAAAAAAAAAAAAUAAUAAAUGAUGAUGCCAAUUCUUGUUCAUACCAGACACAGUUGUCAUUAGAUUUGUUAUUAAAAGGGGAUUCUUGAUCAUGCCAUUAAAACCGGUCUACCUUUUCAUUGGUGUCUUCUCACAUUUAUUGGUGUGGCCAUGUGAAGCAGAAACACCACCUGAAUUGUUGGCAAGGGACCUUGGCUACGAUGGCACCUGGGUCUCAUUUCAGCUGCGGCCCCCGUUCCUUCUCUGACACCUCCUGUAGAGCUGUGCUCCAGGUUGCCGUAAGAUUUCCCCACGAGGUACGUGAUUCUUCCCGACAUCACGACAAGUCAGUCGGCUGUGACCAACCCUAAAACACAUGAUGGCAAGGACCAGGAGCAUUCCCUUGUUUUAAUAUGAGCAUCGAUGAUGCGGCUCCUGCCUCGUGCCUGUAGACAGGUACGCAGGAGCUCAGAGCUGUCUGAGUUGGUGGUAGCCUUUCCCUGUGCCACAGUGGUAACGCUGCUCCCUCUUCUCUUGGCGGCUUGUGAUUCAUGCAAGGAGGCAAGGUCAGGGGGACGACUUGGAAAAAUUCGCUAGAGCAGGGCUGUUGGUAUUCAUGCCAGGGUUUUUGCACCACAGACAUGUUCCUUCACCAUGAAUCUUGUUCACAGCCACGCUGCCUGCAGCAGGCUCAGCUGUCCACUGCCAGAACAGCAGCUGUCAGAGAGCAAAGCCUGCUUUUUUAACAAAAAAAAAUAUGCUUUUAGGGUAGAAGCCUAGACGGCACAGCCAAGUAACUGUGCAGUUGUUUGUGAGACCCGUGCCUGGCUGAUCCAUGCGGUCCACCUGGGAUCUGCCUGGAAGGUCUUCACUGAACUCCAGAGCUGGCGAGGGCCAGUGUUUUACAGGACUGGACUCUUGCUCUUCUGCUUUAUAUGGUCUUCCCAAUUUGAGCACCACUGACGAUGCUUCACUGGCCCCAUCUGUACUCCGUGCUGAGACCAGCCAGCUGGGGCUGCAGCUGGACCUGCACGUUGAUACGCUGGAAGCGGAGCAGAACCAGUAACUUGGCACGGUUUGACUUGUAACACUGACCGACAGUCUGAGAUUUAAGCCGAGGGCAGCUCCUACAGCAGUCACUUCCCCACGUGCAAGUUGCCGAGUGGCUAUCGUCUGCAGACCACAUCCGGGUGCGAGCAGUACAGUUCCUUACGCAGGUUGGGAAGGAGUGGUGGAAGAGGGAACAGGGCAGCUACGGUGGAUCGUUUUCACCAGCUGGUGAGAGCUGCCAACGUCUCUGAUAAAGUAGCCCACGGUAAUCCGAUAAAAGCAGCAAUGAGGAGCAGCAGAAAGCUUAGUCUCCUUUGGAUACACCGAGUACUCCGACAGGAGAACGCUGUCGGCCCCUCUCAGCUUUCAAGGGCUGUGAAAAAUGGCCAACACACAGUUGACUCUAGUGCGGAACCUAAAUCCAUAGAAAGAAGCACUGGGAUCGAAGAAGCUCCUUAAAGUCCAUGUCAGGAACAGGCAGACGAAAAUUAAAGCUGAGCAGCAUCACCUAGGAAAUGGAGAAAUAUUGCAGAACCGCAUGGACCGGCUGCCAGCAGGAGGGGUUACAGGGGGGAGCUUCAUCACCCACCCCUGGGAGGUGAAAUGAGAGGUCCUCUGGAAGACGCGUUUGUCAGAUGCAAGGUGCCGGGUACAGCGUUGUCAGAGGCACUCUGCCUUUGUCAAGCGAGAAGGGAAGUGGGGAAAGAAACGAAAACUACCUGAUCGUACUGGAACAGUUCCAGGAAAUGUGAAAAGACAGGUUUGUAGGAGGUAGGAGGAGGCGAUAUCUUUUCUGGGGCCCGCCAAUAUAGUUUGAGAAACCAAAGAGGCUUGGUUCUUCAGAGACCUUGCUUCUGCCGAGCUGACGCAGCCACCUUGAGGUAUUUCAAGACAAGAAGAGCACGGACAAGGCAAGCCACAGAAGUUCCCUGCAACUGCAAGGAAACAGAGCUCCUGCUUGUUAUUCCUGGCUUUGCCUUCGUCUACCCUCUAGCAUCAGAGGGUAGCUAUGAUGGGGUCUCAAAGUGGGGCUCUGCAGUCAGCUAGACCCAAGGGCCGCUGACGUGUGAGAAACGGUCCUUCAGGCCCAUGUGUCCGAUUGCAGAGAGCAUCUAGAAACAGAAACUUGCGGCAUCGACACAGAUUUCAUUACUUAG